AUGGGUACUGCGAUGGGCAGCUCAAUGGCACCAUCAUACGCAUCGUUAUUUAUGGGAAAAUUUGAACAAGACUUCCUUAGAAAUCGAGAUCUACAACCGACACUUUGGCUGCGUUUCCUGGAUGAUAUUUUUAUGGUGUGGGAUCAUUCCUUGGAAGAACUAGAACUUUUCAUCAGAGAGUUAAACAGUUUUCAUCCUGACAUAAAGUUUACGCAUACUAUUUCACAAGAUUCGCUCUCGUUUCUAGAUGUAAAUAUAUCCAAGGGAGAGAAUUUAUGUGUCGAAACUAACAUAUAUGUGAAAGAAACUAAUAACCACCAGUACUUGGACUAUACAUCAUGUCAUCCCAAACAAUGUAAGAACGGUAUUCCGUAUAGUCAAGCAAAACGCUAUAGACAUAUAAUAUCAGAUGAUGACAAGUUCAAACAUUCAUUAUCACAGCUUCGUGAAUUCUUCGUUGACAGAGGUUACCCACAUGAUGUGUUAGACCGUGCCUUCCAGAAAGUAGUCAAUAUAUCUCAGCAAGAAGCUUUACAGACUCAAGUUGGGGACAAAAAUAGUGUAAUUCCUUUUACUAUUGUGUAUGAUCCAGCGCUUCCACGUAUUGGUAACACUAUUAAUAAAUACUGGAGUAUUUUGAACCUAUCAAAAAGCUUUACAACUAAAUCCGUUUAUGAGAACUGUAAACCUGUUGUUGCCUAUAGACGUCCGAAAAAUUUACAAGACUAUUUGAUAAGUUCAGAGUUCAAUAAGCAAAGUGAUAAACUUUAUCUCUCACAGAGAUAUUUUAAAGGUUAUAUGGAUAUUGCUUAUGACAAGCUCUCUGAGGAGAGGUGUUUCCAGAUAAUUGCAUGA